UCCACCCCCACAAACUGGGGAGAGCUUUUCUACCGGCAGUGAUCGCCAAUGGCUCUGCAUUUCAGCGCCGAGAGGCCGGACGACCAGUUCUACACCGACUUUGGAAACCUCAACAAGUUCGAGGAAGAGGUGAGCCUCUGUUGGCUACCUCACUACCCCUUCUCGCCCAUUUCUCUCUUCCCUCAGCCGUUCAGUAAACUGAGCUCGAUUCUGUUCAGCUUUCUGGUGUCGCCGGAGCAGUCUUCUCAAUUGCUGUCAGAAUUGGAAGGAUUUGCCACGGAGUACUCUCUCGGGCUCGCUGCCCUCAAGAACCUCGUCAAAUCCAUCCUUAUCUUCUUCAAGGCAGCUCUGAGGAAGAACCUGAGUCCCAGCUAUGUAAGGGAAGACCUCGUCCAGUUGGGUCUCUCAGAGGAGAGAGCAGAGUCAGUUUCAAAGCAGUGGAAGGCAAACCUGGGGUCAAUGUCCAGAGUGGCGGCAGGCCAGUCUCUGUCAGUCAAUCAACUAGUCGACAUGGAGUGGAGGUUUGGCGUGACAGCAGCUGACAACGACAUGGACAAGGUGGGAAACUCUUUCCUACAGAUCAAAAUGGUCCUCAACAAAGGCUCUGGCACCGAAGAAGUUUUCAUGGAGCUAACUCUGCCGCAAUUUUAUUCGUUUCUGCAUGAGAUGGAAAAAGCCAAGGCAUGUCUGGAGUAUCUGAGUUAGAAAAUUGACGUUUUUAGACAAUUGUUUGCUAUAUUAUACAUUUCACCUGGAAUACUGCACACAGAUGAUACAGUACAAAACCCUAAAAUAAUGCGCUAUAAUAAUAAUUUAUGAUUGGGUGGUUGGAAUGAGUUUCAUCUACGAUUACGUCGUUUUCUUCUUCUCCCUGUCCAAUCCUAAAACGGUGCGACCCAGAGUCUGCAGUGUUCCGCUGAACAGAAGUGUCCCGGUAAAAACCAGGGCAGUCGCCAGCCAGUGCUGGGCGGUAAACGGGUUGUGAAAGUAGAAGAUGGAGACGAUGAGACUGAAGAACUUCCUGAGCGUGACCACCAGUGUCACGAAUAGCGAGGUACACUGUGUUGUGAGUGUGAAGACUCCCCUGAUGCACACGAUACUGUGUGAUGCAGUUUGCUAUCAGAUAGGCCCACAUGUACGGCAGUGACAGUGGUCCUAAUGACACUGGUGCUGCAACAGCAAGACAAGAAGAAUGUAUAACAGAAGUGAAGUAUGGCAUUAGUGACAAAUUUUCGAGGCACUAGUAUUGAGGAUGAGCAGUUUGGAAAGGUUUGAGG